AUGACCAAUGAAAUUAGAAAGAUUCAAAAUAAUAAUAUUAAGGUAAAUGAUAACAAUGAAAACGUUAAAAACAACUCAAGUUAUAAUCACAAUGUAACCGACAAUGAUAACCACGUUUCUAUCGAUCAUAACAGCCAUAACAACACAAGCAACACUGACAACAACACAAGAAACAACACAAACAACAAUGACGACAAUAUAAGUGAUAAUAACACGAACAAUAAUGAUAGACGUAUUAUCAAUGAUCAUGAUAAUGAUAACAUAAAUAACAACGAAAACAAUGGUAACCAUGUUACUAUUGCACAAGUCAUUGUCGAUAACCUAAUCAACAACGACAACCAUGUUAUUUCCAAUAAUCUUGUCAGUAAUGUAAACAACUCAAACAACGACGUUGUUGCUGAUCAUGUCGGUGACAAUGAUGCAAACUCUAUUACCAACUCCAACAACAAUAACAGCGACAAUAACGAUGACCAUGUGGAUCAUGUCAAUGAUAACAACACAAUCAAUGACAACCUCGUUAUCGCAAACUCCAUUCAUAACAAUAACAACAACUCAAACAACAAUACCGACAGUGCAAAAUUAACUUUAUUUUAUCGUAACUUAAUGAGCUCUUCGUAUAAAGAAGACAAAUAUAUAAUUAGAAAAAUCAUUAAAAAAGGAGUCCAUCCAGUUGAUUCUAAUGAAAAAAUAAACCUUCUUAUUUAUUAUAAAAAUUUUAAGUCGCAACAACUACUAAUAAAAAAUAGUCCCAACGUUAAACUAGCAACAACACAGCACUCCCACGUCAUCUACCAAUUUCUAUGUCCUCACGAAGACUGUACACAAGCAAAUGACGUGACCGCUUCUAUAAAACCGCUGGCUGAGGCUUUCAUCGUAUCAGGUUGCAGCGGAAAGUACAUACCGGCUCGAAUAAGUGGUGAAAUAACAGUAACCGAAACAUUAGCGAUUGAAUUAAGACCGACGACACUUGCUGAACAGACUUUCUUUGUGAGUUUGAGCAGAAGCGGUGCUUUAAGCGAGUGGAAAUGUGCCGACCGGUUACCUUCAGAAAAGAUGAGUUGGGCCGAUUAUGAUUUCAGAGAGGAUCAUUUUGUUAGUUGA